AUGCAGGAGCCCGCUCAGUUGGAGGCCACGUUGGCGGCCACCUUGCAGGUGGUCGAGGCGCAGAGGAGCCAACUGCAGAGAGCGCAGGAGGAGCUGGAGUUACUUCGCCUCGAGUUGGAAUCGGAACGCAGGGUCCGGGAAGCCGCGGAGGAGAAACUACGGGAAGCUUCGGUCGACUUUGCGCGAAAGCUGUCGCAGAUGCAGGCACGCGUCUUGGAAGCUGAACGAGAUGUGGUCCUGGGUGGCCAGGUGCUGGUGGCUCGAAGUGCCCCGAGUGGAGGCAUUGUCAGCGCCAGAGUGGCCUCUGAAGGACCAGCCCGUGUGCCGGGAGAGACACCACGGCGCCUUGCACCGGUCCCACCGCCGCCUCGUCAGGUGGAUGAGCCUGGCUUCAGCCGGAGCCAUGCCCAUGUGACCCGCACAGGUCCCCCACCCCCUGGCGGUGGCAGCGGCUCGCGGCGCACUCGCUCGGUGAAUGUCAGCACUGAUGGUGCCCAUCCCAAGAAACCACGGGCCAGGCCCAACAUCGACUUGCCUAGCGAGGAGCUGGAAGAGGUAGAACAGAGCCUCAAGGAGGAGAGCUCCAAGCAGAAGAAAUUCUGGUCAGUGGCUGCGCAGGCCUUGACGCUUACCUUCUUGGCUGAAUGGGGCGAUCGAUCGCAAAUCUCCACCAUUGCCUUAGCAGCUGCCAAGGACCCUUUGGGCGUGACGCUGGGUGGCAUCAUUGGCCAUUCUUGCUGCACAACAUUGGCAGUCAUGGGUGGCCGAGUGCUGGCGGAACACAUCUCGGAGCGCAUGGUGGUCACCGCUGGUGGAGUGCUCUUCCUGUGCUUUGCUCUACAUGGUGCCAUCAUGGGCUCUGACUAA